GAAUGUCGACACUAGACGUCGACAACAACCACAACAACCAUCGACAACAACAUAAAGGAAGAAGAGCCACUUACAAAUUUACACUUUUAUAAAGCACAUUAUCACUCAGUCCUAUACAUACAUAUAGUGUUGCCAACCCCAACGCACAAAGUAGGCAACGAGUGUUAAAACAUUUACAAAUUCUUUGCAUUGUGAUAGAACACGCUAAAAAUAUUCAAGCAUUGCAAUCAACCCCCUCCAAAACAAAAAGAGCAAAACAAUGUCCGUCAGUGACUUUAUUAAAGGUCUUCCCAUACACGAUUCGAAAAACUUUGCGCAUCUCAGCAGCGAUCAUGGGAUUCGAACGUCGCAGAAGCGAGCUUCGAUCUACUUGCCCACAGAGGAUGUGGCCGAGCAGGCACAGCUUAUUGUGAUGGACAAGCGGUGUGUUUUAUUGCGAUAUCUCACCCAACAGUGGGACAAGAAGACGCUGCAAAGAAAACGGGAACAUGGGAACGAUGGCAAUGGGAAUGGAAGCAAUGCCAACAAUAGCACUUCGAAUGGCAGCAGUAGCAAAAAGCGCCCACGUUUGGACAACAAUGAGCUCAACUGAGGCAAAUGAAACAGCUGCAGCUGGAUGCAUUGCAUACGCAUAUAACACCCAUUUAACAAUUGUCUCCACUUGGAGCAAUACCAUUAAUUUAAGAAUUUUCUUUAUGUUAAAAAUAAACAAACUAGACAC